GUUCGCCUGCGUUGUGACGAUCCUAUGUCCCCGGGGGCCUCGUUCGCGAAUCACGCCGCGCCGCCGCUGAAGUAAAUCCGCUCGUCGCCAUGCACCUGAACGGACCCCUUGUGAUCAUUUGAGCCCUGUAAACCCGUGAUGUCAGCCGCUCAAAACCCGUGACAGUCUUCUGGUCCAAGAUGGCUCAGAGCAUGAAUCCUCGCCCAAUGAAGGGGGUGUUGUCUGGUCCUGCCACAAUCCUCAACUGGUCUUUUGUAGGGAACGACCGGCCAAGGUUUGACACAUGCUACCAGAUUGCUCUUACCAUGGUUGAGGAUCUCGAAGCUGGUAGUACUCAGUUGGUCCUGGCCUUGUGUGCACAUGGAAGUUCUCGUUGCGGAAUCUGGUGGUUGUCCUCGUGGUCUCCGGCAAUGGUGGUGCGCCGCCUUGUUUCUGGCACCGACGACAGGGUCCGCUCUAACGACUGCCUCCUUGGCUACCACUAUUUAAUUAGAUCUCUUUCUCUAUCUCUCUCUGCCCAGAGAGGGUCCUGGAUCCGUUGCCGCCGGAAGUUUGAUCCUGUGGUGGGUGAGAAGAGCGAUCGAUGGAACCGCUUGGUUGAAAUUGGGUGACUGCCGGAUGUGAUUUAUUUCUGGUGGUGUGGAUCAGUUCUGUGAGUGCCUGUUGUACAAUCUGAAGAUGCACAAACCUCUUCUCAUGUUGUUUGUUUAUGAUCUUUGCUUUCCUUGCAUCGUGCAACACUUGUGUGGAAGUGUCAAAGAUAAUGUUGCAGUGGCGCUGCCAAAACUUUGUGUUGUUGGUCGAAUGUUGUAAACUGUGGAGAUGUCGGUCGGCAGUAGUUGUAAACUUUGGAUUGUACUAAGUUGGUCAAUGUCAAGAAGUAGCAACAGAUUUUGGCUCGCUGAA